UAUUAGAAUGUUGUGGUUUAGUAUUAGAAUUAGUAAUAUAAAAAGGCAUUCACAAAAUCCUAAGCAGUAGUUGGUAGUGCAUUGAAGGGGAAGAUAUCUGAAGAAAGGGAAGCACUUUACAGAAGGAACAAAAAAGACAGAGAGAGAGAGAGAGAGAGAGAGACAUAAACCCCAAAACCCCAUUGCCUUCUCCUCUCUGCUGUGAUUUCAAAGGAUGAUUCUUCAUAUCAGCUCCAUUCUGUUAAUGUGGCUUCUGCUAAGUUCAUUCUCUCCUCCAAUCAAAGCUACCUUCAACCUCACCUUGCCCCACCAACACCCUUACCCUGAAGCUGUGGUUCAUCAAGUUCAAAGGAAAAUCAAUGCUUCACUUUCAAGAAGGGAGCUUCUCUCGAAAGACCAAUCCUCCGCCUGUCUCACCGGAAACCCCGUCGACGACUGUUGGCGGUGCGACCCAAACUGGUCAGCAAACCGGCAGAAGCUCGCCGACUGUGGCAUCGGCUUCGGACGCGACGCAAUGGGCGGAAAAGGCGGCCAGAUCUACGUAGUAACCGACUCCUCCGACAGGGACCCGGCGAACCCCGUUCCCGGAACCCUCCGUCACGCGGUGAUCCAAGACGUGCCACUCUGGAUCGUUUUCUCCGGCGACAUGACCAUAGUCCUAAAACAUGAACUAAUCUUCAACAGCUACAAGACGGUGGACGGUCGCGGCGCCAACGUCCACGUGACCGGCCACGGCUGCAUCACGCUCCAAUACAUCUCGAACGUGAUCAUCCACAACAUCCACGUCCACCAUUGCAAGCCUUCCGGCAACACCAACAUAAGAGCCUCUCCGACACACGUGGGGUGGAGGGGAGUCUCCGACGGCGACGGAAUCUCCAUCUUCGGGUCACGCAAGAUCUGGAUCGACCAUUGCUCUCUCUCGUACUGUACGGACGGAUUAAUCGAUGCCAUAAUGGGGUCGACGGGGAUCACAAUUUCAAACAACCAUUUCGCGCACCACGACGAGGUGAUGCUGUUGGGGCAUAACGACAAGUACUUGCCGGAUAAAGGAAUGCAGGUCACCAUCGCUUUCAACCACUUCGGUGAAGGUUUGGUUCAGAGAAUGCCACGGUGCAGAUUGGGAUAUAUUCAUGUUGUUAACAAUGAUUUCACUCAGUGGGAGAUGUAUGCAAUCGGCGGCAGCGCUAACCCCACCAUUAACAGCCAGGGUAACCGUUACACUGCUCCCGCCGAUCCUAACGCCAAGGAGGUGACGAAGCGCGUGGACACGAAUGAGGGGGAAUGGAGCGAUUGGAAUUGGAGGACGGACGGGGACAUAAUGGUAAAUGGAGCAUUCUUUGUGCCAUCUGGUGGUGGCAUGAGUGCUCAGUAUGCAGAGGCAUCAAGCGUGCAACCCAAAUCCGCCGUGCAAAUCGACCAGCUUACCAUGUAUUCCGGCGUCUUCGGUGAUCCACGGGACAAUGGGGACCUAUUUCCCGGUUACACCGGAGGUGGGACCGUGACGAGCGCCACCAACAAGGGUGGAAGCAGUGGUGGGUCCAGCGGUGGCGAUGGUGGGGACUUCUUCGGGAUGAUAUUCGGCGGUGGUAGCAGCCAAGCAGCACCACCACCCUCAUCAAUUCUUGUAUUUGUUUCAACAUUUUUGUCCCUUUUAAUUAUUUUCAUUUUGGACACUACCACCAACCAUGCUAUUUUAUUAUCAUUAUUAUGAUCAUUAUCAAAAUACAAUCAAUUGGAGGUGGGGAAAGGGAUUCCUUUUAUACAAUCAAAAAGGAUAGAAGGAAAAAAAAAAUAUAGAUUAUAGUUGCUACAAAUUUCUCUUUAUUUUUAAAAUCAAGAAUGUCAUUUAGUUUGUGUUCACACAGCUCUUAGAAACACGAUUAAAGUUGUAUGUAUAAUUCCAUUCCCAAUUGUGUAAAUCCAAAUCCUUCUAAUUUAAAUGCAAUUGG